CGCAUGCGUGGACUGCAAACGCAAGUUUCAAGCUUUGUUUGGCAAGUGACGACAAAAACAGCGCAGACUCUGAACCUGAGGCUGUUUCUGACAGUUCUCACAUCUAGUACACUUUGUACGCCUGGUGACAUACUUUUGAACAAAGUUUUAACAACAGGAUCAAGAUGACAGUGACUUUGUUUUUAUUAACACGUAGGUAGCGAUGCCGAUCAUGACCGAAGUGUCAGAUUGUUUGGGUGCACAGCAGCGGAUGGGAAGCGAUAGACGGGUCCUGUUCUUGGCGCACACACGGAUCCCCCACACCCUGACCUCACACCUGUAGAUUUACUGAGCAGAUUUAAAGUCUGUACGCGAUGGAAAACGUUGGAAAAUUCGAGUUCAACAGGAAGGACUUGAUAGGACACGGCGCCUUUGCUGUGGUGUUCAAAGGAAGACAUAAACGGAAACAUGAUGUUGAAGUGGCGGUGAAAUGCAUUAACAAGAAAAACCUCGCCAAAUCCCAGUCGCUCCUGGGAAAAGAAAUCAGGAUAUUAAAGGAGCUGAAACAUGAGAACAUUGUCAGUUUACUGGACUUUCAGGAGAUAUCGGGAUGUGUCUAUCUUGUCAUGGAGUACUGCAAUGGAGGAGACCUGGCCGAGUAUUUACACUCUAAAGGCUCUCUGAGCGAGGACACGAUCCGUGUGUUGCUGCAGCAGUUAGCGGGAGCCAUGAGUGUUUUAAGGAGUAAAGGCAUCGUCCAUCGUGACCUGAAGCCCCAAAACAUUCUCCUUUCGUACAACACUGGGCGCAAGUCUAACCCCAACAACAUCUGCAUCAAACUGGCUGAUUUUGGCUUUGCACGGUAUCUGCAGGGAAACACGAUGGCUGCUACACUCUGUGGCUCUCCAAUGUACAUGGCUCCUGAGGUUAUCAUGUCACAGAGUUAUGAUGCCAAAGCUGACCUGUGGAGUGUAGGGACCAUCAUCUACCAGUGCUUGACUGGCAAAGCCCCAUUUCAGGCGAAUACUCCUCAGGAACUGCGGCAGUUCUAUGAAAGAAACCGGAGCCUGAGUCCCAGGAUUCCACGAGAAACCUCCAGUCACCUCAGGCACCUUCUACUUGGGUUGCUGCAGAGGAACCAUAGGGAGCGCAUGGACUUCGAUGAAUUUUUCCACCAUCCUUUCCUGGAGGCUAGUACAUCUAUGAAGAAAUCCUCUCCAGUGCCCAUGCCCACCUAUCCCAGCUCUGCCUCUGGGAGCUCCAGCAGCGGUUCCUCAACCUCUCGCCUCACUCCUACUCAGUUUGAAACUGAAGCUCCGAGGCUCCUCCCUCAAACGAACCCCACACCAUCUCCAGGUUCCCUGCUCAAAGACUCCUCUUCCUCAGACUCUGAUGACUUUGUAAUGGUGCCUGCUCAGUUCACCAGUGAACUAGUCAGUGCUGGAGGGCAGGACAGUCUGAUGCACAGCGGAAGCUUACUGAUGGGUGUGGGUCAGACGCCAACAUCCUCCCCAACUGUCAGAGCCUCCCCAAGCCCUUCCAGGCCUCUGGAGUCCUGUGGCAGUAGUUACGCACAGUCCGUGCCUGUUCCUGUGCCGACACAAAAACACAACUACCAGAGGAUGGAGCAGAAUCUAGUGUCAGUGUCUGACAGGACGGCAGAAUCAGGAGGAUCCAGACCAUAUCUUCCCUCCCCACAGGUGGGAAAUGUUCCUGAAAGACACAGUCAGCCUGAACCUGUUGGCAGCAGGACAGGGUUGCAUACUGCAGAUGUGUAUAAACAGCCAGAUCAUGUCUCUCCUCUCUUUGUUAACAUCACAGCCAUGGACAAAAAACAAACCCACAGACUCCGGGCUCAUCGGCACAAUCCAGAAUCGGCUGUGCACAGAUGGGAUUUGGGUCGGCGAGCCAUCUCUGGUCAAACCCCAAGUACAGCGUUGGUUCAGAGAGGCCUGAUCACUCGCAACAAGACCAUGUCUGACCUGAAUGAUCUGGCACAGUACCCGGCUACAGGGCCCCGCGUGCCACUUCUCAGGCCAGCGGAAAGAAGGGACACCGUCAAAAGGUCAGUAAGUACCGGCCGUCUCUCAGAUAAGCUGCUGAAGGCUGUGUUUGGACAUAAGUUUGACAGGGGCAGCUGUGAGAGCUUAAAUUCAGACAAACUCAUGGACACAACAGGACCCCCUGGUGUCAGUGAUGGCACAGAACCAGGCUCAGGCAGUCCUCCUGGGGUUGUGUUCAUGCUGGGCUCUCCUGGACACACACCUCCUCACGCCACUCGACCUAGACGCUUCUCAGUGGGCACUCCCAGCCCGACAAGCCCUGGCUGGACCUACGGUCAUUUGCACGAGGCUUACAACUCACCUGAUAGUCUGCGAUAUGGUAACACCGAUGCCAUGGCAACAAACCUAUGUGAGGGUGUGGCUUUUGUGCCACCUGAACUGCCAGAGGAGACGCUCAUGGAGGAGGUGCAUACAGACUUGCUGAGCCAACUGCGCUUUAUUUUAGCCUUUGCCCACUGCAUCACAGAGGUCGCUGGAACAAAGGGCAGUGGGACUGACAGGAAUAUGGCACUUGAUGCUUCAUUCUUAGAGCAGAGCCUGGUGGCUGACCAAAUCAGCCUGCUGAGCCGUGAGUGGAGCUCUGCAGAGCAGCUGGUCCUCUAUAUGAAGUGUGCUGAGCUGCUGUCCUCUGUGCUUCACACAGCGAUGGCUGGAAUCAAAGAAGGCAAACUCUACCCAUCAGGAUCUGUCAAACAAGUAGUACGUAGGCUGAACGAGAUGUAUAAGAAGAGUGUGAGCUCCUGCCGUUCUCUCACUGAGAAACUCCAGCUCUUCUUCACCAGCAAACAAAGACUCAUGGACCGCAUCAACAGCAUUACUGCCGAGAGACUCAUCUACACACACACCAUUCAGAUGAUACAGACAGCAGCACUGGACGAGAUGUUUCAUCAUGGAGAAACAUCAGUAGAGCGAUACCAUAAAGCCUUACUGCUGAUGGAGGGUCUGUCCUUAAUUAUUACAGAGACCGCAGAUCUAAACAGUGUCAACAAAUGUAAACAUUGUAUUGAGCGGCGGCUCUCCUCCCUCCAGCCCCAAGGAUGUGUGUGAUGAACCCUCGUUGAUUUUGCUCGGCAUCAAACCCACAACAUCUACAUCUCAUUUCAUCCCAGCUGCCAUAUGAAAUUCUGUAAGAGGAAGAACUCACACUCACCCACUCAUUAAAAAUGUGAUACUUGGCUUCCAAAGCCAAAAAAAAAGGUCUAUUUUAUAAUAGACAGAGAUGAAAUCUCUAUUGAUAUAUGCAUAUAUAAACAAAAACGACAUCUGCAGACUUAAACAUCUAUUUUGUUCACUGUAAAAUAAUAUUGAGUGAAUCAAGACGGUAUCAUUGGUUGAAUAGAUAUCAUGUUUAAAUGCUUUGACCUCUGAAUCUACACCAAUGCAUGAUGGCACUUCCUCAGAGAUGAAUUUAAUCUUAGCACUACAAUGUUAAAGCCAGUGUUGGAGUCUGAAUGAGUUACAGCUUGAAUGCUUUUCAUUUUGUCGUACUAAAACAUGACUGUAGCAUUAGUCUCCUGAAGUUACAUGGAAUGAUUCUGUUUUUGAUGGACUUAUUCUGCAUGUUUUUGCAUGAUUCUGAUGAAAUUAUAGUUAUCUGCUGUAUCUUUAGGGAAUUCAUAAUAAUGACUGAUAAUUAAACAUCUGUGGGCACCAAACGGUUGCUAAAAUAGCAGCCGGUGGUGGAUGUGUAGUAUUCAGUGUUACAUCUGUAAGGCUUAAAUGUGGCAAUUGACCAAAAUUGUGGCAAACCUUUAUAGACCUACUGAUAAAGACUGUCAUAUGUUGUCAUAUGAGGUUGGAAAAGAAUACUUGAGAUUUGUAUUAUAUUGACAAUCAUACUGUUAUUCAUAUGUGUGUGAUACAGCGAAGCACUUUAUAAACUCUUUUGCCUUCUGGAUGCCUGAAAAGAACCACUGCAGAGACAAUCCUAAUGGCUCAUUUCGGGUUAAUUAACACCUGGAAGUCAAAUGAAAUGAAAUACAAAGACAGUCAAAUGCAAAGACAGUAUCUUGUGUGUAGCAUUUUAUAUUUAUCUGUUUUAGCUGUCCUUCUGAAAGUGGUGUUUUAGGUUUCAGUUUGCUUGCUGGGAUGACUAGGUCUUUAGUUUUUGUAGUGAUUUGAUAGUGCCUUAAAUGACCUAGCUUGUUUAAAAUCUCACCGGACACUCAGAGACUUACAAUCUGUUAUACUUUCAGCGUUUCAUGUCAUAUUCAUUUCUUGCACUAUUUUUGCAUUUUCCAACAGGGAUAACUCUAAAGGUGUUUUUAACUUGAAUGAUAAAAAGUUUCAUAUCAAGGUUUUUUAAUGCAGUUAGUCAGAAUUUUGUAGAAUGAUUGUGAUGAAUGUGCACUCUGUUAAAUUGAGGACAAUGAACUAUUUUGUAUAUGUUGUUACAGUAUUUGUGUUUUCUGGUGUUUUUGUCUUUUUAUUUCCAUUCGCAAAGCCUAAAUGUAAAAUAUGUUAAGAGUGCAUGUGGUAUGGUUGUGUGUACUUGAAUAAAUUUCACUUUUAUAUUUA